GUCCGCGCAGGGCCUGUAAGAAGUUCAAAAGCUGUCUCACGAUUACCAUCUGCUCUGAUCUGCUAUGAGAGAAAGAGAAAUCGCCCUAGAACAAUAGACCCUCCACUCACCACGGAUCAGUCCAGCCAGGCUGGACUCUUUUUGUAUGAAUCCUAAGACGCUACAACAACUACAAGUAUACCGAAUAUGGCCGACUUGGCUCAGUCACAGUCACCCGGAAGCGGCACUUUACUCCUGAUCUUGGUUCAGGUUGCUUCCCGAGUGCUCACAUUCAUUGGCAACCAAGUCCUGCUCCGCUUCCUGUCACCAUCUCUACUCGGCAUCGCUGUUCAACUCGAGCUCGUCUCUGUAACGAGCUUGUACUUCGCCCGCGAGAGCCUGCGAGUUGCGCUCCAACGCCAACCGCCAGCGGCCCCUGAUGCUGAACAAGGACGACGAAACGCGCCCCAAACGGCCGUCAAUCUCUCCUACCUUGCCGUCCUCCUGGGCUUCGUCAUAUCCACGGCUUUCGGAUGGUCUUACGUGUACAGCGCGCCAUCAGCAGUCCUAGGCAGUCCGUACUUCGACAUCGCAUUCCGGAUCUACGCAGCUGCCACGGUCCUCGAACUUCUCGCCGAACCCGCCUUCGUGGUCAUCCAGCAGAAAGCGCUGUACGGCGACCGUGCCCGAGCAGAAACUCUGGCUGCCAUGGCGCGCUGCUUCUCGGCAUGCAUCGUCGCGGUCAUAGGUUACAAGCGUCAUAUGGCUCCGUCAGUGCUGCCCUUCGCCGUGGGACAAGCUGCCUAUGCCAUCGUUUUGCUGGCGUUGUACCUGAUCCCCGUGUUGCGGUUGUCGAGGGGCGAGAAAUUCAGCAUCGCGCUUCGAAGACUAGAUGCCACAACACGAAACCAUACCUACUACGCACAGCGAUUCCACAGAGCGAUACUUGGCCUUGCAACGACGAUGUACAUGCAAUCCGUAUUCAAACUCUUGCUCACCCAGGGCGAUGCCUUGAUACUGUCCUUCUUAUCUUCACUCGCGGACCAGGGUGCAUUUGCACUGGCGUCGAAUUACGGGGGUCUAUUGGCACGCCUGGUCUUUCAGCCCGUCGAGGAGAGUAGUCGCAAUAUGUUCGGCCGGUUACUCUCGUCGACCCCUUCCUCUUCUUCGUCCACACAACGACCCACCGGCACGAAUUCUGACGCAGCUGAACACACCAAAAUCAUACAGGCAUUAAAGUACUUGAGCAAUACACUGCACUUCUACACCAUCCUCGCGCUGCCUUUGAUCAGCAUAGCACCACACGUACUACCCCUCGUGGUCCGCCACAUCAUGGGCGCGGUGUGGUAUACUCCCUCCACUGCAUCCUUGCUGGGUGUUUAUUGCUACUACAUCCCUUUGAUGGCGGUGAACGGGAUCCUCGACGCCUUCGUCACUUCCGUUGCAACCCCGGCACAACUGCGUACACAAUCGAUUUGGAUGCUCUUGUUCACAGCGUUAUACGGCAUAGUGGCGUGGGCGAUGCUCACGAAGUUUCAGCUCGGCGCUGCUAGCCUGGUCGGAGCGAAUAUGGUCAAUAUGGGGCUUAGGAUCAUGUGGAGCAUCGUCUUUGUGAGGCAGUGGAUUAGACAGCACGACAGGAUUGACAGUGACAAGGGGCUGUUGAGUUCGAUGGUCAGAGACUUAUUGCCAGCCGGGCCUUCGGUCGUCGUUGCUGGGUUGCUUACGGUAGGACUGAGACUCCAAGCAACGGGUAGAACGGACGCAGGCAUUGAACUGGACCGUCAGUUCCUGGGAUUACUGACAGCAGGAAUUGUCUUGUUGGGUUCUACUAUUCUUUUCGCCGAGCGAGACUUUUUGCUGCAAAUGCUACAAUCUAUCGUACCCCAACGCCUCGCUGCAAAAAUACCUGGCCUGGACAAACAAUCUUCGACCAAAGCGCGACCGAGUAAUACCACGAGCGAUCCAAACGCCAGUACAUAAACAUUUCAAUCAUCAAAGGUGAUCUUUGUGGCUGUCUUUCC